AUGGCCACCGAGGAUGCCAUUCUCAAGUCGCUGAACGAGGCGCAACGCCGCGCUGUGACUUCAUCCUCAUCGACUGUUGCAAUACUGGCGGGCCCUGGCAGUGGAAAGACUCAUACCCUUACAUCUCGUGUAGUAUGGCUUAUCCAACGUGUUGGCUAUCGCCCCUCCGAUGUCAUCGUUGCAACCUUUACCGUCAAAGCCGCCAGAGAAAUGAAAGAGCGCAUAGGGAAGGCUCUGGGAGAAGAAUGCGAAAAGAAAAUCGUACUUGGAACAUUUCACUCAAUCGCUCGACGGUACUUGUCCAUGUAUGGAAAUCGCAUUGGGCUCGAUUCGAAAUUCGGCAUUGCGGACGAUGGUGACUCCAGGGCGAUUAUUCAGAGAAUCUGCAAAAGGUUGGAACUCGGCAUCGAACCGAUCCACGCCAGGUCAUGGAUCAGUAAAGAGAAGGCCAAGGGACCGAAUCCUGCACCUGCUCCAACUCAAAAAGGCAAAAAAGAAAACCCGGCACUCAGAACAUGUUACCAGGAGUACCAGGCUCAACUCAAAAGGUCGAACUUGUUAGACUACGAUGAUCUUCUGGUUAAAUGCGUCGAAUUACUCAGAGAUCACCCGGCCUGCGUCUCCAAUGUGCAGACCGUCCUUAUCGACGAGUACCAAGACACCAACGGCAUCCAGUAUGAGUUAAUGAGACUGUUCGCCCAAGCAAAUCAACGAAUCACGAUUGUAGGCGACCCCGACCAGAGUAUUUAUGGCUGGCGCUCAGCUGAAAUUCGGAAUCUCUACCGUCUAUUACGAGACUACCCCGAUACGGACGAGAUUUCGUUGGAAGAAAACUACCGAUCGUCGCAGUCCAUCCUCGAUGUGUCGCUUAAUGUUAUUCAGCAAGACAAGAAACGAUAUCAGAAAGUUCUACUGCCAGUCCAUACUAAGGGUGCGCGACCGGUUCUCAGAACACUGAAGAGUUCGUCUUCCGAAGGCGAAUGGAUCGUGUCAGAAAUCAAGCGAAUCGUCAUGAUGUUUGGAGAGAUGCUCAAAUUCGAAGAUGUAGCAAUCCUCCUGAGAUCAGCCGCCCUUUCCCGGCACAUCGAGUCGGCGUUGGGGAAAGCCGGUGUUGCAUAUCGAAUGAUUGGCGGUCACAAAUUUUACGAGCGAAAAGAGAUUAAAGUACUAAUUGAUUACCUCCGCGUGGUGAGCCAGCCGGACAACAACGAUGCACUGGCGAGAAUCAUUAAUGUGCCGAGGCGAGGAAUCGGAGAGGCAACGAUAAAAAAUCUGCUUGAAGAGGCAGAGCAAACCAACAUGAGUCUCUGGACGUUGAUUUUGAGACACUGCAGAGGCAGUCGAAAAGCGAAUACCAACAUUAGACCUAAGAUGGAACAAAAGCUCAACACGGAACUUAUCCGAACCAUCAGCAGCCUGCGAAAAGAAGCCGACCAAAUCAGCCAGAGCAGUCCCGUCACGUUGGUUAAUUUGAUAGAACAGUUGAUGGCUCACCUCGAUUUCAAGAAGUAUUUGGAGGAAGAGUACCCAGAAGAGCACGAACAGCGAUGGGCCAACGUCCAAGAGUUUGUCAAUUUGGUCAAUGAUUUCAUGAGAGACUUUGGCGCGCCGGAUGAAGAUGCGCUUCCUGAGAUUGAGAAUUUGAAUCAGGUGAAGGAGGACGAUAUGCUAGGUCGGUUUUUGGCCAACGUCUCACUGGCUUCAGAUGCACAAAAGAAAGGUGAUGCAACAGAUCAGAAAUCCAUGAUUACGAUAUCGACUAUUCACGCGGCAAAAGGACUGGAGUGGCCAGUUGUCUUCGUGCCUUCUGUCUAUACUGGAUCUAUACCUCAUUCAAGAUCUGAAGAUACGGACGAGGAACGACGUCUUCUCUACGUGGCCAUGACCCGGGCACAGUCGUUAUUGUAUCUGAGCUGCCCGCUCUAUGGCUCUCAAGGGAUGAGCAGCAAGGUCGAACUUUCGCCAUUUGUCUCCCCGUUCGCAGCUAAGGUUUUCGCCAAGAAGGGGCCUUCAUUCGACCGGUCAGUUGUGGAGAGUGUUGCCAAAAUCCUUGGUCGAGAUGCUCCAGCCGAGAAGACGAUUUUCGGAAAGCUUCCUCCCAUGUUUGCUGUGGAAGACGACGGGUUUCCCAUUGAUCCCGUCGAUCCAAAGGGCACCGAGAGGUAUGACGAGGAAUCCGGUCGACAGUAUUCUCGAGCACCGAAGCGGCAACGUACUUCACACCCUGUUACUUCUUACGAUGAGACGGAAGAGCUUCCUUGGCAGAGAGAGUAUGUGACAACAAUGGAACAGUCAUCUGAUUUCACCGUCGCUGCUUUGCCGGGCUUUACAACCGCUGGAGCCCACAGAGUGGCUCUGGAUGCAGCAGCAGCGGCCGCACCACAACCGUCCACUUCGAAGCCGGGACCAAAGAAAGGAUCGACCAAACGAGGAGUUGGCCAGAAGAGUAUGCUUGGUUGGCUUAACCAAGGACCCAACGCCCCUAAACCUCAGCCUGAACCUCAGCCGCAGCAGCAAAUCAGGUCUGCUGCACAAAUGCGGUACCACUCUGCAUUGUCACAAUCAAACAGCCUCCCACCAAAAGCACCCGAGCCACAAAAACCGUCAAUUGAUCCAGAACUGGCGAAGCAUAAACUUCCUUCCGCACGACCUCUCGCGAAACCAAACGUGCCGAAGAUAAAUGAUGGCGGUCCGCAAAAGCCGUAUUCCUGUUUCUCCAGCUCACCACCACGACCUCCGUCAAGAAAAGAAGAGCCUGACGAAGAGAACAAAAAGGUGGAGGAAGAUUCAGUGCCUAAUAAGCCUGCUUCCAGUCUUCAUGCGACGACUUUCAUGGCAAUUAAACCUAAUGGAGGCGUGAGACGGCCAGUUGGUCUUGGACCGGCGCCGUCAAUGGACCGCUUGCGCAAACCAUUUAAACCGCUGACGAUGAAUCGACCGAAGCGGCCAGGUGGUUGA